AUAAGGGUGGAAUGAAGGUCAUAUAAUGAGGGGCAUAUGUACACAAAAGUAUUUUAUUUCAUAUUUCUCGGUAACGAGAAUACAUGAGAGCCCGCCCGCAACGCUACAAUCAAUACGUUCGUCGCGCUUACAUCGUAUGAUAUACGAAAUCUUCGAGCUGCAAAAAUCUGUUUAUAUUUUUGCAAUCCUUCGUUUCCGGCAGAGUUUUUUGCCGAAAUCCACUCGUAGAAAAGUUUCUGACACUUUUGAAACGGGUUUUGUUCUAAAAUGGACAAAUCUUGGGACUCUAAAAAAUUUUGAAAUCCCAUCUUCUGCUCGGUGCCUGCCGGGCACGAGCAAGUCACCAUCGGAAUCUGCAAUCACGGGGACGGGUACUAACCCGCAGGCAGCCGGGACUAUAAUGCCUACCUUACCCGGUGCUUCUCCCCCGACGAGUAAGGCAAAGCCGAGCUCGGGCAUCGCUGUGGGUACUCCCAAAUGCAAAAUUAGUAGCAAGGCAAAGCCGAGCGAGCAAGAAAAUACUAAAUCGUCUAAGACGAAAGUCAAAUCCUCUGACAAUAAAUAUGUUGGUAAGGCUAAGCCGAACCGCGAGGUUGACAACACGAGCAAGGCUAAGCCGCGCUCGGACUCAAAAUCGAAGUCUGUGGAUUCACGCAUUGAUAAGCUGGAAGACAUGCUUUCUGUGUUAAUGGAGAGAAUCCCUGCCCCGGCACAGCCGGCUCUGGCCCCACAGACAUUCUCCUCUCCGGUUGAUAAAAACACGGAGCCCCUCUCGGUAGGAAGAUUGACCUCGGGGGAAGGCCUUUUGGCCGAUGAUUUUUAUGAUGGAAGUGAAUCGCCAGGUAGCGAACUUCUUUAUGAUACCGACGAUGUCGGAAGCAUGGGCAGAGCUGUUGGUAGUGUGCCUACUACUGCCGGCAAGGGACAAGAUACAAUUCCCAUGAUCGCCGCAAAAUUUGCCAUGCCCUCGGGGAUUGGUGCCCCCUUACAUGACGACAUAGCUCAAUCUAUGACUUAUUUGAUGAGCAACAAACUGGAAGAAAAAUCUCUGGAUGAGGCGGCUGAGAAAUAUCUUUCCCCCGAAAACUGUGAAUUGCUUGACACUCCAAGAGUGAACACAAUUAUUUGGGAAAACUUGCGUUCAGCAACUAGAAAUAAAGAUCUGAAAAUUCAGUACAUCCAGAAGUCAUUAACCAAAGGCUUGUGUGCUUUCGCACGAUCUCUGAACCCGGCUACGAUGACCGAGGAGCAGCAUGAUGCAUUGGCGCUGCUAUGUAAUGCCAAUUACGGCCUAAAUUCCAUGAGGAAGAAUUUGAUCAAACCGGAUCUCAACCCUCUUUUUCAUCAUCUGUGCCGGCCAACUUACCCAGUUACCAAACACUUGUUUGGCGAGGAUCUGGGGCGCCAGGUUAAAGAACUGCAAGAACAGCAAAAAGCCACGGCAGGUGUUAUGAACACGAGAAACCAGCCUCAAGACAGGCAUCAACGCUCAUAUCAUCCUUAUCGCAAGGUUACAGACUAUGCCAAGCACACCAUGAAACGAGCUGGCUGGUUCCCCAAUCGAGAUCAAGGCAAUUCGUCAUCCCGUAUGUAUGGGAACUCAGAGCGCCCUUUUUUAGGGCAGCGCCAGAAUUCCAACUUCAAGAAAGGGAAUUCAAAACAGCAGGCAUCACACACCUACACCCCAACAGCAGCCAACAGGGGCAAACAAUCGUACCAUCGCAAGAAGUAGUCGAGGGAAAUUCCCCUUCAGGCUCAAGCACUCAAGAGGCUUGGCGUGCACACUGUGACCUACAUGGAUUAACAGAGAGAACUACAGACAUUAUUGGUGCAUCAUGGAGAGAAUCAACAAAGAAACAAUACAACAUUACAUCUCCAAGUGGAAAAUUUUCUGCGAACAGCACAAACUUCCAUGGAUGCAGGCUAAAGCUAAGGAUAUUUUAGAGUUUUUCAGUGACCUUUUUUACAGACAUAAUGCUAGCUAUAGUGCUAUCAAUACAGCAAGGAGUGCCCUGGCAUCAGUCAUGAGUUUGGAUGAUAGCAACUAUACGAUUGGUUCACAUCCUAUCAUAAGCAAGUACAUGAAAGGUGUUUUCCAGCUAAGAACUCCAACCCCACGCUAUGCUCAGGUUUGGGACGUCAGUAUUGUAUUGGAUUACCUUCGUCUUCAACCAGCUAAUGAUAAGCUUCCUUUGUGUAAAUUGACUCAAAAAUUGAGCAUGUUACUUGCGCUUACUUCAGCACAAAGAGUACAAACUCUUUGGAACCUUAAUUUGGACAAGAUGUGUUUGAAGACGGACUCGGUGGAAUUCCACGUUGAUAGCCUGCUUAAGCAGAGUAAACCAGGAAAUGUUGGUAUAAUGGUGAAGAUAUCAGCAUUCCCAGAGGAUGAACGGCUUUGUGCCGUACAUUGCAUUGAACAA